AUGUUCGGUGCGAGAAGAUGAGUUUGAAAAGAGAUCUAAAUAAAAAUUACGUAGAUUGUUUGAUCUGCAAUUGUAUACGGUAGUCAAACUAAAGUUUUAGAAUUGGAAUAACAUCAUGCGACAGAAAACAUUGUGCGUAAUUCCGUGAGUAUGUGUGAUAGUUGUUAGAUAGGGCUGAUGCAAAAAUCACCAUUAGAUACUUAUUUUUUGCUAGUAAAAGACUUCAUUGAUUAAAAAUAAAUUAUAUAAUGAGUAUAAAUGGCUUAACAUACUUUGUUAUUAUCUGAUUAUUUGUGAACUAUGCUAAGGAUACAAUCAAUCAAUCAAAUCAAUUAAAAAUGGUUUUUUCCACACGGAUAAAAAGAUACACAUAUUUUAGAAAAUAAUUGGUAUUACAUAUGAACUCAUGACCUAAGGAAUAUUGCGACCACUGUGUGUGAGUGAGUGAGUGAGUUUGUUGACGAAAAAUACAAAGCAAACUUUUCUUAAACACUGGGCUAAGUCAAAAAGAAAAUUAGAAAUGAACCGCACAGCAAUUACUGUGGCAUCCGGUGUUACCAGUGGUUCCAGCAACACCUUAGAUGCUCCAUACAUACGUACAAUAGAAUGGGAUAUGAUGGAUAAAACAAAAUUUUUUCCACUUUCGAUGUUGAGUUCGUUUUCCGUUCGUUGUUGUCUCUUUCCCUUAACAGUGAUAAAGACCCAACUCCAAGUGCAGCACAGAAGUGAUGUGUACAAGGGAAUGUUUGACUGUGCUUACAAGAUUUACAGCUCCGAAGGAAUUCCGGGUUUAUAUAGAGGAUUUUGGAUAUCAUCGGUGCAAAUAGUGUCGGGUGUUUUUUACAUAAGCACAUAUGAAGGUGUGCGUCAUCUGUUAAACGAUAUGGGUGCUGGUCACCGAGUAAAGGCUUUAAUAGGGGGAGGAUGUGCUUCACUUGUAGGCCAGACAAUUAUAGUUCCCUUUGAUGUGAUAUCUCAGCAUGCUAUGGUAUUGGGGAUGGCACAUCAUGCUGGCGCUAAAGGUGAUAUAAAUCCUCUGGGAAUACAAACAGGACCAGGCAGAAGUCGUCUUAACAUUUCGCUUGACAUUGCAAGAGAGAUUUUGCGAAGGGAUGGUUUUCGGGGAUUUUACCGCGGCUACACCGCCAGCCUAAUGGCCUAUGUUCCAAACUCUGCAAUGUGGUGGGCAUUUUAUCAUCUGUACCAAGAUGAACUUUGUCGAAUUUGUCCUCCAUGGGUUUCCCAUUUACUGAUACAAUGCGUUGCUGGCAGUUUGGGUGGAUUCACUACUACGAUACUUACCAAUCCUCUGGAUAUCGUUAGAGCUAGACUGCAGGUUCAUCGACUUGACAGUAUGAAAAUAGCUUUUCAAGAGCUGUGGCGCGAGGAGAAACUUAAUUGUUUCUUUAAGGGAUUGUCGGCGCGUUUGGUACAGUCAGCUGCCUUCUCGUUUAGUAUAAUUUUAGGUUAUGAAACUAUUAAACGUAUUGCAGUGGAUGAGCAAUACAAACAUCAAAUACGCUGGUAAUCCAACAUCAAUUAUAAAGAACCCACCGUAAUCAUGAGGCGGGAAUGCACAAAUUCAAUUGAAUUGGAAGUCCUCAAAUACAAAUGCAUUUACAAUAAAUUUAUUCAGAUAAUAAUGCUUCAAACACUGAACCGGAAAACGCCACAGAAGGGUAAUUUAACAGAAACUAAUUUCGGCAAUCGAAAUACAUAUAUUCCUUUGAAUAUGAUUAUAAUACAUAGCAAGAUUUCACCAAAGAUUUCUUAAUUAUGACCAAAUAGAGUCUGUUGUUGUUUUUUGUGAAAUUAUUUGUAAAACCUACAAUAUAGAUUUAAGAGUAUGUACACACAAUUUAAUCCUCAUGGAAUUGUAAAUAAGUGUUUUCGGUUACUAACCACCACUUACGAUAAAUAUAGAUUAUUUAAUAUAUUAAUUCAAAUUUUAUUUUGUACAAACAAAUUAUUAUUUUUAGCUAAUUUUAUAGUUGAUAGAUUUGAAUAUAAUAUAAAUAUUUAUUAAAAAUUAAAUUGAACACAGUAUGUAGUGUGUUUAUUUAUUUAUUAUUAUUAUUAUUAUUCGUUAUAAUCGUUAAGUUUUAAACUAAUUUUCAGUUUUUACCAAAAAAAGAUGCUUUCGUUGUUUUUCCUACUCUAAUACAUUCUUUAUACAUACUAUUUUAAACGGAACUAAUACAAUUGUGCUAUACGAUUGCCACAAGAGAUCAUUUUGUAAAUGUUUGUUACAUGUAUCUUUAAUCUUAAGCCAUUGAUUGUACAAUUAAAAGUUAAACAUAAACAUGAUGUAAGAGAUUUUAAAGAAAAUAAUAAAAAUAUUGGAUCGAAAAGUACAAAUAAAAA